UUGUAUUGUACACUUUUAAAUUAGCAAUAACUAGUUCUAUUGGAACGAUGCGUGUUAAAUGCAUUUUAAAAUUCAAUUUCGAACUUGAGCAGUAGCCACAAGGCUUGCAGACAAGCUUGAUCGACAACGUGCAGUUUUACUUCUUUUUAUUGGAAUUUCCGCGUAACGGCCUUUACCGCGAAACGAUCGUGAUUCAAUAAUUCGUUUCGAAUAAGAGCGCGUGUAACUUUUGUGGCGGCGCCGCGAUCCGCUCGUUAAUUAGGUAAUUUUCAAAAAUUAAUCGGUAUGUGACGUAUCGGGCGACUACAAUAUCUUACCUUCAAGGAUUUUAAGCAAUUAACUCAUAUGAAUUUUUCACAUGAUGUUUAAACAAGUUUCUAAUUAUUUCGUUUUAUAUCCUUGGACUGAAUAGUAUUUUCCAAAUGUAGUAUAGUUACAGGGAAACCACUUCCUCAACAGUGCCAGGCAUUUAAAAAUCGUGCAAUUCAAACACUGUUCGCGACAUACAUUUUUUUAUUAAAUACAUUGUUUACACAAAAAGCACGUGUUCCCGGGGAGAAAUAUAUACGUCAUAGCGUUGUUAAUUCGUGACAAGCGUUGAAGUGAAAAUAAUCAAGAUACUACGCUAGUGACAGAUAACCAAAGGAAUACCUUGUUAUCACCCACUGCUGAUAAUAAGACCACCGACAUUAGGGACGUGUGACAAUUGUGUCGGUUAUGGCAAUAGAGUGAGGAUUGUAAUUUUUGCGACAAUGUGCAAAACUUGUCAAUAUUGUUUGGAAUCCUGCUAUUGGCAUUUAAUCGAAAAACGUUUUUGCUACGAUGAAAGCAUCGCCCUAUACGAAGAACCAGCGAAACCAAUCGAGAAAUCAACGAACGCUUUUGACAAUAUCGCCUUUUACGAUCAAGUAGCACUAAUUGCCGGACGAUCGAUUGUCACGAUCGAACCAUUGCCAAAAAAACCGAAAGCGAUAACUCAACAGCCGAAACCAAGGGUGCGCUGGUGGGAAACGGAACGAGAGGAAGGAGAGAACAACAAUAACGCCCCCCAAGUUCAGGUGAAGGUUUUAGAAAUUGACGACCAGCCACCCAAAGAAAAACCCGCAGUCAAUCGUCUCGAUCCCAUGCUGUUAAAUCUGGGUGAAGUGAAGUUACGACCGAAAUCCUUGGCGGAAAGACGGAACUCGCGCAGUCUUACUCUUAACAUCGACCGCAGGCACGAAAUACCCAUCAUAAGACAGGCGUCGAUGCCGAAAUUCUUCAUUGACACGCCGGAGGUCCACACCGAUCCCGUCGCCUUUAGGGAGCCUAGCGCGGUAUUCAUAAGUCCUUUGUCCGUGAACCAUUUGUCGGAUCCAUUCGACUUAAAAUCGGUGGUCCAACUCGAGAAGGAUAAUCGAAAUGUUCCAGCGGCGCCCAUCCAUAGGCAACAGUCUGCCUACUUCUCACGACUGUCACUAAUUAAGGAUAAAUUAAAAGCUGGCAAAUUAACAAGACAGGGAUCCGCAUCCAACUUACCGCACAGUAUACAGCACAUAUAAGUGAUCUAUGACACAGUCACGCCUUGUGAUCAAAAGUAGGAUAGACAGCUUUACUUAGGCAGUACUUACGUAGCUAUCCUUACAAUGUGAUUUAUUACUAUUAUUUAGGAAUAAAUAAUUUAUUUUUUCAUCGUA